AAAUUCUCGGUUCUUAAGACACUCCAAUGAACUCUGUACAGCAGUACGGGUAACUAAGAGAGGGGGGAGAGAGAGAGAGAGAGAUGGCCAUGAAGCGUGUUGUUGUCUCUGCAAUUCGUUCUUUUGCUUCGUCGGGUAAUUUAGCUUCGUCGCCAUUAGCGAGACACUUUCAUGCUUCUGCUGGAAGUAAAAAGAUAGUUGGUGUGUUCUACAAGGGAAAUGAGUAUGCUGCCAUGAAUCCCAAUUUCGUAGGAUGUGUGGAGAAUGCCUUGGGCAUUAGAAACUGGUUGGAAUCACAAGGCCACCAGUACAUUGUCACAGACGACAAAGAAGGACCAGAUUGUGAACUUGAGAAACACAUUCCAGAUCUCCAUGUACUAAUAACAACCCCCUUCCAUCCGGCCUACGUCACGGCCGAAAGGAUCAAGAAGGCAAAAAAUUUGCAACUGUUACUCACAGCCGGAAUCGGCUCCGAUCAUGUCGAUCUAAAGGCUGCCGCAGCUGCCGGAUUGACGGUGGCGGAGAUCACCGGAAGUAAUACCGUUUCAGUUGCAGAAGAUGAACUCAUGAGGAUACUCAUUCUUGUUCGGAAUUUCCUACCCGGCCACCAUCAGGUAAUCAAAGGGGAAUGGAAUGUUGCAGGCAUUGCUUACAGAGCUUAUGAUCUUGAAGCCAAGACUGUUGGAACUGUUGGCGCCGGACGGAUUGGCCGGCUUUUGCUGCAAAGGUUGAAGCCUUUUAAUUGUAAUUUGCUUUACCAUGAUCGUUUGAAGAUGGAACCUGAAUUGGAGAAAGAAUUAGGGGCAAAGUACGAGGAGGAUCUUGAUGCAAUGCUGCCCAAAUGUGACAUAAUUGUCAUCAACAUGCCUCUUACUGAGAAAACAAAAGGGAUGUUUAACAAAGACCUUAUUGCUAAGUUGAAGAAGGGAGUGCUGAUUGUCAACAACGCGCGAGGAGCAAUCAUGGAUACGCAAGCAGUUGCUGAUGCGUGUGCCAGCGGACACAUUGCUGGUUAUAGUGGGGAUGUGUGGAACCCACAACCAGCUCCAAAGGACCAUCCAUGGCGGUACAUGCCGAACCAAGCUAUGACCCCCCAUAUUUCUGGUACUACAAUUGAUGGACAGUUACGGUAUGCCGCCGGAGUCAAAGACAUGCUGGAAAGGUACUUCAAGGGAGAAGAUUUUCCUCCACAAAAUUACAUUGUCAAGGAGGGGAAACUAGCCAGCCAGUACCGAUGAAUCUGUGUUGUGGCGCUGCGGUUAUAUAUACUAAGUGAGAUGCUUUGAGGAAUAAGGAGAGUUUCUGGCUCCCACCUUUUCGAUUGUUCUUGUAUUUGGAUGAAUUAAUGUUUGGUUGUAAUGUCAUUACAACUUUAUGAUAUAUGCAUGUUGUUUUAUCUUUUGAAUGGCUUGAUAUAGAGU